UGAGUUUAGUUGAGUUUCGAACGUUCAACAAUACGGACGGGUCUUGUUUAUCGGUAGCCCAACAGCACUCGGUUCAGCGACUCGCGGGUUGAUAUGGCGGAUUAAGAGGGAGGUAAAUGAAGCAGUGGCUAGAAUUUGUUAUCGCAAACUAUUGUAGAACGUACGUACGAAGUUUUAAGUGAAAGUAAACUACUGAAAUGGUAUUGUAAAUACGCGAAGCGUACAGUGACAGUGCGAGCCGUUUCAAAAAAGAAUUGAGGCGAAAAUCUCAUCGAGUGAGUACACGGCAGAGGGAGGAGAAAAAAAAUCAAAGAAUCGUAGCACAGAAGUGCUCUAGUUUGUGUUGGCAUUGUUAUGUGAUUGAUUUGAAAGUGAAGCGACAUUCUCCCUUCACUGGAGGCAAGCUAAGCCCGGUUUUUGAAGAGUACAGUUGUUUGACGAGGUGUUCGAAUAUCUCGAAUGAACACAGUGUUGUAAUGUCAACAAAGUUUUGACGAAACAGUACGGGGUUUUGCUUGACGGCACCAGCAGUGUCAGAAUUGAAGUGAAUGGUAUUUGUCACAUUGAUGUGCGUUCGUAUUGGCAACCGUAGUACGCAAGCCCCUGAAGUGUAGUGUUUUCGUGGGCUGAGAGGCAGAAUUACGCGCGUGUUGUCGUCAGACGGAGAAACGGAGCAAGGGGAAAAAACAAAAUUACAACCUUGUCCCGAAUAUUUCGAUUUUGCUCUUCCCAUUCGCAUCUUGUUGUCGGUUUCACGGGUUAGGUGCGUCGAAAAUAAAUAUACAAGCAAUGAGUUCUGUGCGUAGUCUGUCGACGGAUCCUCCGAUUCGAUAAUAUGCUAAACACAUGUGAUACCAAUCGAAGCGGCUGUAGAAGAACCAAAGUCAGUGGCGGUAGCAGCAACAGCAGCCGCAACAACAAAAGGAUUACGUUGUCGGUCCAAUAAGUGGCAGGCAGCUACGGCAUCGGUGGCAAUCGUCGAGAUUGCAAGUGGUAGAUGUGAGAUUCGGUUUUUAACGACCUGAUAUCGAGAACAAGCUGCGGCGACGACAACUGCUGUGCGGUGUGUGACAGCCGCCGUCUAGUGAUAGCGAAAACCGAGAACCCCUUUGCUCAGUGAGCUGCAUUAAAAACAACAGCGACAACAACAGUUGUGUGUACACAGUCAUACACAGAUAUACGUGUGCUCUGCAAUAUCGCUUUGCGUACCAACGGGGUGACAAGUUGAGUGUAAUUUUUUGUUAUACAUUGAAGAAAAAAGAAGUACGACGGGGAGGAGAAUACAACGAAUACAGGCAGCGAAAGCCGUAGACAGCAGUAGCAUCCGACCAGAACGCACUGGACACUGGAUGGGACUAUUCGAGGUGCUAAUCAUUAGACAAUGAGCUAGGCCUCUAUCAACAGCUGCAAACUACUUCACUAUUUCUUACUUUAAUCUACACCCGUCUUUUGGAUCCAUUAUCAAAGAACCCCGGGAGUGUGAUUCCAACACUACACAGUCAUUGCUACUUUUCUCGCUCACCCGAGCACACCCGUCAAAAGCCAUCACACACUGCUGCAGCAUCAACUGAUUUGGAGAACAAGUUUUCUGAAUUGAAUUUGCUCACACCCCCUGGAAACCCAUCCCCCGAACCGUCGCCGUAUCAAAGGACUAGCCUUCACGUAUAUCUGUUCGAAGAGCACAUGUGACACUCCGGCGGCUACGACGACGACAACAACUGACAGCGAAGAGGAAAGUGUUUGCAAACCCUAUGGCAGUAGACGGGCAGGAAGCGCAACGAUGAAGAUAAUCUAAUUGAAGUUUUGCACCCAGGCUGCAGGCUACCAGCAAACAAUUUCGUCUCAUUUUCGGACCAGAAAAUUAGAUUCGAAAUCACAUUCUUUCAUCAGUCAACGCCGUAUUCAGAAUGACACGAACAACCAGAAUCAGCUCGCUGACGGUGUGUCUGCUACUGCUGCUGUGCAGUACUAGAGCCGAUUCGAGCUACUAUGGUGGGGGUGGAGCAAGCCCUGCACCCCACCUGCCAGCGAUACCGAAAGAUCCUCACUCGCGCUGCGAGGAAAUCACCAUCCCGAUGUGUCGAGGCAUCGGCUACAAUCUAACCUCGUUUCCAAACGAGAUGAACCACGAAACGCAGGAGGAAGCCGGACUGGAGGUGCACCAGUUCUGGCCGCUGGUCGAGAUCAAAUGCUCGCCGGAUCUUAAAUUCUUCCUGUGCUCGAUGUACACUCCCAUCUGCAUCGAAGACUACCACAAGCCACUUCCGGUGUGUCGGAGUGUGUGCGAACGGGCACGUGCUGGCUGUGCACCGAUUAUGCAGCAGUACAGCUUCAGUUGGCCGGAACGGAUGGCAUGCGAGAACUUGCCCGUUUCAGGCGAUAGCGAUAACCUGUGCAUGGAACAACCCAGCGAAGAUGAUGGCAGUCAUUCUUCGGGUGGAGGAGGAGGCGGCGGCGGCGGUUCGCACUCUAAACCGACUCGUAAAUCCCACGGUUCGUCCGCGGGUGGUGCCUCCGGUCAGAACAACAAAUGCAAGGGCAAGAAUUCAAAAAACUGCCAAAAUCCCCCAGGGGAAAGAACAAAAGAGUGCAUAUGCCGGUGUCGGGAGCCACUGGUGACCCUGGGGAAGGAAAACCUACUGCACAACCAAAGUGUCGAAAGGGUCGGCGACGUAAUAAACUGCGCGAUCCCGUGUCGGGGGGCGUUCUUCAGCCAGGAGGAAAAGGACUUCGCCGGGGUGUGGAUCGCGCUAUGGUCCGGCCUUUGCGGCAUAAGCACACUAAUGACACUCACCACGUUCCUCAUCGACACCGAAAGGUUCAAGUAUCCUGAGCGUCCGAUUGUGUUCCUGUCGGCGUGCUAUUUCAUCGUGUCCUGCGGCUAUCUGACACGGUUGUUCCUCGGACACGACGAAAUCGCUUGCGAUGGGAGAGCCAUAAAAUAUCCCUCGAUGGGGCAGAGCUCGUGUACGAUGAUCUUCAUCAUGAUCUACUUCUUCGGAAUGGCCUCGUCCAUUUGGUGGGUGAUCUUGUCGUUCACCUGGUUCCUGGCUGCUGGACUCAAGUGGGGUAAUGAAGCCAUCUCGAAGCACUCGCAGUACUUCCAUCUGGCGGCGUGGCUGAUACCGACGGUUCAAACCGUUUCUGUACUGCUGAGGCCUGCGGUAGAUGGUGAUCCAAUUGCCGGAAUUUGCUACGUUGGAAAUACGUCGGUGGAAAAUUUGAAGAACUUUGUACUGGCACCACUGUUUGUAUAUUUGGUGAUAGGAACGACAUUCUUGAUGGCCGGGUUUGUGUCACUGUUCAGGAUUCGUUCGGUAAUCAAACAGCAAGGUGGUAUCGGUGCCGGAUCGAAGGCUGACAAGUUGGAGAAGCUGAUGAUCCGGAUAGGAAUUUUUAGCGUUCUUUACACGGUCCCUGCUACGAUCGUUAUCGGAUGUCAUUUGUACGAAGCAAACUUCACCGAGGACUGGAUGACGGGGUUGACGUGUCCUUGCAAGGUGGGAACCGGAAUCAGACAGAAACCUCUGUAUUCGGUGCUUAUGCUGAAGUACUUUAUGGCACUGGCAGUGGGCAUUACGUCCGGAGUGUGGAUAUGGUCCGGCAAGACGGUGGAAUCGUGGCGACGACUCUGGAGAAGAUUGUUUGGUUCGCCGGAUCCAACCGGUGCCGGACAGGUUCUGAUAAAGCCACGGCCACCACUCCCUCAGCCAUAUGCAACGUCUGGAAUCGGAAUACCCGGUUCAGCGGCAGCGUCCCUUCUUGCCACUCCGUACACGCAAACAGUCGGCAGCGUGGCAUCCACUAGUCAUCACCAUCUGCACCACCAUGUCCUCAAGCAAACCCCGCUGAGCCACGUAUGACCUGGAGACAUUGGCGGCGCUUCCACACUCACUGCAGGCUCUGGCUCGGUGGUUGAUCCCCGGGCCGUGUCGGUCGUCGUAACGCUGCCAGGACCGCAACCAGGACAAGCCCUGAGUGACUACGGUCCAAUAUAGUUGACAGUGCGACCAGAUACGACAGCACGAUGGAUACCUAGCAACGCAAGCGAUCAGCUGUGACCCGGAAGCGCAUAAACCGGGGAGGGACAACUCCACACAUCCUCAUGUCAUAUGUACGUGUGUGUUUGUAAAUGUAUGUAGAUCGAAGUCACCGUAGUAGGCGUAGUAAGUCAUUGAAGUCUGUGUUUACUUUGUACCACUUGUGUCAGGCGAAACAAAAUGAUGUGUGAUGUAAAUGUCGUUGUUUCAUACUGUGUAGUAGUCAUAGAGAGUACAUAGUAGGCGAAUGAAAGUGACACUUAAGGCAAUGCGUGUACAUUUCAUUCUCUAUUCAUUAACAAAGAGCAAACUAGGUUAGGUCAAAUGAAGUCGUGCUGGUCAAAAGUCGCACUGCUCCCUCCCUGUCGCCAUCCAUCUAUCACUUUUCAACUACAAAUCACUUGAAACCAUCCUACACUAACGCAAACAAGCUAUCUUCUACUCUAAGCUCUUAUACUUAGGAAAAAGAUGAAGCAGCUCUCUUUCUAGUCCAAGAAAUAAAAAAAUAAAACAAACGCGUAGAAAACUGAUCCAUCGACAUACAAUUUUAUACAUUACAAUGAAGCGCAAAAACAAAAACAUCAUAAAACGAAAGGCAUUUUUCUGCAAACAUUUUAACAUCGCAAAAAAUUAACAUUAACUGUCAUAUUUAAUCGGUAUGUGGUAGAAGACUUUCUAACUGUGAACUGAUCAUGUGUUCUAGUGAAACAAAAAAAAAUAUGUAUAGAAGCAACCCUCCAGUGGAUGUUUCCAACUGUGUGACCAAAAACAAAAACUAACAGACUCUAUUCUACGUAUGUACGUUCUUUUUAUCAAGCGGAAGCCAUCUUUCCACAAGCGAAAUGAAGCAUUUAAGAGAAAAAUGACAAUACUGUAUAAGCAAGGUAAAUUUUAACGCAAUGAGAGAAUCAUUCACACACACACACAAACUCCCGAAAAACAUUUCACUGCCAAAAAAAAACAAAGCGAAAAUUCAGGUUACUGAACCGACCGGCUGCUGAAUAAAUCAGUCCAUAAAUCAAAACCAACAGCGGAUUAGUCUCAUGGCUCGGCGAUAAAAUUGUGUCAUAAAUUGUGGAUGAGCCCCAGACUAACAGCGAGAGAGAAAACAUGAAGAAUGAUAACUUUUAAAAGAUAUGGGACGAACCGGAAUCGAGCGAAAAAGAAGUAAUUAACACUCACACACACACACACACUCUGAAAGGUGCAUUUCAUGAAACUUUUAUACGUAAUUAGAAUUAAUUUACUCGUUUAGUGGUACAUAAGAAACGGACGCAGCAGAACAUUACCAAGCUGAGCGUUUGUAGAGAGCAAAAAAAUAUAGCAAACACACAAAACGGUAAAAUGUUAGUUUUGACAGUUGAGAGUAGAUUUUUCAUAGAGUUCAGUUCAAGUUUUCAAUUAUUUUGGUCGUCAUAAUGCUUGUUUGGAAAUGUCAAUCAACCUUCACACACCAGCGCCAUAUUUUCUCUCUUUCGUUUCCAUCCGCCAUUUUGCCAAAAUGCCGAUUUUGCUUUCCCUUCUUAUCACCGUCUUAUCAACGGCACAUUGAACACGUGACCUUUGUUUACCGUACCAUCGUUUGUACCGUCGUAUUGAUUGUAGAAAAACCAGAGCCUACUUCGAAUUGCCAUAACUUCAGUUGUUGAAGAUGUUUUUUUUACUUAGUUCGAUUAUUUACGUGUCUAAGCAUGUUGUUUAUCUUUGUACUAUAAUAGCAAACAACUAACCUAACCUAGACAGUGAAAUUUCGUUCGGCUUUUCCCUCCAGUCCAGUGAACGGCGAGCGAAGCCAGAAAGCCUACUUUAAUCGUGUGUGUACAUAUCAAUAAUUCUAGCUUAAAACUAAAACAAAUCAUUUUUGCUAACCACCGUCGUCUUUAACGGAGGAAAAGUGACUAAUUUUUUAGCUGCUUUCGAAAAGAAGGACUAUGUGAGCUGUAAAUUAUUUGUAAUUUAUUUAAAAAUCGAUUUUCGUUUUUAGAAUCGUAUCCCCAAAAAACCGACCGUAAGCAACCUAAUACUGUACAGUUUAUGCUUGAAAAUCACUGCAAAACAACAACAAUUUAAUUAGCUAUUAUCGUUAAUACAGCUACACCUUUAUUGGAGGAAAAUUGAAAUCUCGCUUAAACGAAAAAAAAAAAACAGCAAACAAAUUAUCACAGGUUAAAUCAAAUUUUGUGGAGAAAACCAGAAAACGAAUGCCUAGGGACAAAAUUUAGCUCAAAACACUUCCGUGUGCCGCGAACUUCAACCCGUUCGGCGACGGAUUGAUCCGGAUUCAAGCAAGGGAAGCACAACCAACAGUAGUAGCAGAAGCAGCAGAGAAUACUUAACCAAAGUUAACCGCAUCAUUAUGCGAAAUUCAAAACAGUGAUUAUUCAAUUAGAGACCGUGAUUUUAAUUUCUCGAACAGCAGCGGGGAAGCCCAGUCGGCCAGUUGGCCGGUGUAACCGGUGUUUGAUUAUCUACGAGCGCACUAAUUUCACGGUGCAAACCAGGCCCCAUUCACUGCUUCUUCUAUCUCGUUACCCAUAGAUAAUGAGGCAUUGGGGUAAAGUGUGCUUUUGAUUUCUAAUCAUUUGCUACCUCAAACAUCUGGUUCUUCAUUCAUUUUAAAAUGCAAGCUUUCAAAUUUCAGUUCGCUUGACCAUUUCGCCCUUCAUUCCCCCCACAAGCCAGACAAAUACGCUCGCUCCGGAAGGCCGAAAUUGCUCUUGUAAAACAAUGAAUAAAAAAAUCCACUGAAAAUCGAGACGAGGUAGAGGAAAACAACCAAAACUUCCAAAUCACCAUAACGACCCUCCUCGGAAUCCAUAAUUGAUAAAUUGCCGACAUAAAUAUGCUGCUUCUAGAUUUUCUUCACCCAACAACCCAACGAACGGCCAUCAUGGCUGACGAUCGCAAUAGUUUUCCUAGAUCUGUGCUUCUGCAGUUCUUUCUCCAGUUUUCCGGACCGAUCCCGUGCGAAACUGGCACAUAAUAAUUAUUUACGAAAAAAAAAACAAAACAAGCUGAAGAGAAUAAAAACAAAAUAACAAAUAAUAAAACAGAGUCAGAGACGGUCAAACUCACAAAAAGCGAGAUGAGAGAUGAAAAAAUAGGAACACAGCGUGGAAAAGUACGCGAGGCGUGAGCGUGAACGAGAACCCGAGAAAACGAGAUGAUGAUGUUUGCACGAAUGUUAAUUUCUUUCUCCUUUGACCCCGCACUCAUCAACUUCCGACCUGCGGCUGCAUCGUUCGUUAUUUCAUGACAACUUGAAUCAAUUAAAUUUUUUCUCCCCCACUCUUUCCAAACACUUGAACCGCAGGAUUUUUUUUUUUUCAUUCGUAAUCAGUUCGCUUCCCAUCAUCAACCUGUAUAGCUUCUUUUGUUUCUUCUGUUCUUGUAUAGAUGCCCUUACUAACUACUUAAUCCUUCUACUUAUUUAUCCCCAGUUUUAUCCCGUCUCCUAUAUUUAUUUUGUUUUUGCGAGCAGAAGAAAAUUUGCGCUAGAGAAACAGAAUAAAGCAAAACGGUGUGAAUGAAAUCUGGUUUUAACAGAUAUAUAGACUGUAUACGAAUAUUUUGAAUUAUUAUUAUUAUUAUUAUAAAUAAACGAAACAAAAAAGUGAAUUACUGUAUUCAAGCAUAGUUAUUAACCGAUAAUCAUGCAAUUGUGUAGUGAUUGGCAAGUCGUAAUGUAUAAAUUAGUAAGAGGAAGAAAAGAUAAAAAAAAUCGCCCAUAAUAUAAUAACAACAUGGAAGCAAAAUUUAUACACAAUAACAAUGGAUAAGAAGAAGAAGAAAAACAACCACAAAAACACAGUGGAAAAUCGAAAUGCAAGAAAAGUAAGGAAACUUAUAUAUAAAGUGAAGCAUAUUUUUAAUUGUUUAAUAAAUUAUUAAAAUAAUAAAAACCAA